UUGUUGUAUUGAUUACAAAAUAAAUUGAAAUUAGGUGCUCCUCCUGAGACAAAAUGUUGGUAAACGAAGCCCGUUUAAUGUUGAGCCGUACUGGUGCUUUGGCCGCACGUCAGCAGUUGCGUUCCCUCACCUCGGGCAGCCAACAAAAUAACCAGCAGGCUGAAGUUAAGUCCGCUCCCGAACCACAAAUCAAAACUUUCCAAAUCUAUCGCUGGAAUCCCGAUAAUGCUGGCGAGAAACCCUACAUGCAAACCUAUCAGGUUAAUUUGCGUGAAUGCGGUCCCAUGGUCUUGGAUGCCUUGAUCAAAAUUAAAAAUGAAAUGGAUCCCACUUUGACUUUCCGUCGUUCAUGCCGUGAAGGUAUUUGCGGUUCCUGUGCCAUGAACAUUGGUGGUACCAAUACAUUGGCUUGCAUCAGCAAAAUCGAUACCAAUACAUCGAAACCCUUGAAGGUGUAUCCUUUGCCUCACAUGUAUGUUGUACGUGAUUUGGUUCCCGACAUGAAUCAUUUCUAUGAACAAUACAGAUCCAUUCAACCCUGGUUGCAGCGCAAGAACGAAGCCAGCGAGAAGAAGGGCAAAGCCCAAUACUUGCAAUCCGUUGAAGAUCGUUCCAAAUUGGACGGUUUGUACGAGUGCAUUUUGUGUGCCUGUUGCUCAACCUCUUGCCCAUCGUACUGGUGGAAUGCUGAGAAAUAUUUGGGCCCUGCUGUCCUUAUGCAAGCCUACCGUUGGAUCAUCGAUUCGCGUGACGAAAGCACACACGAACGUUUGGACAAACUUAAGGAUCCCUUCAGUGUGUAUCGUUGCCACACCAUCAUGAACUGCACACGCACCUGCCCCAAGGGCUUGAAUCCCGGUCGUGCUAUUGCCGAAAUCAAGAAAUUGUUGUCCGGUAUGGCUAAGAAACCUGAACCCAAAUUGGAUACCGCUGCUUUGCAUAAGUAAA